CUUUUGUAGUGUACUGACUUUAAUUCUUAACUCACAGCUUGCGUCUCUUUGUGUUAAUAAGUCUUUAAUAACGUGUUACUUCUUAACUUCCUUUUUUAAUUGGGUCACAAACCACAAUUCUCCUCUUCAACGUCUCUUCUUCUCUUCUCCCGUUCUCCAGUUUCCUCAGCAACCAACUUAAGCAAGAUCCUUAAUCAAGAAGAUCCAAUGGCAAAUCCCAUCACAAGCUCUCAGUUCUUGGAUGAUCAUGAAGAAGAUGAUAGAGUAAAGAGGAGAAGAUCAUCUUGGGCUCAAAAAGUGAUCGACUUGAAAGAAUCAAAGGCUCAGAUUAUUUACUCUCUUCCAAUGAUAUUCACAAAUCUUUUCUUCUAUUGUAUCCCUUUAACCUCUGUAAUGUUUGCUUCCCACCUCGGCCAACUCGAGCUCGCCGGUGCAACCCUCGGCAAUGCUUGGGCCACCGUCACGGGUUUUUCCUUCAUGACAGGGUUAAGUGGAGCACUUGAGACAUUGUGUGGACAAGGCUUUGGUGCAAAGACCUACAGAAUGUUGGGGAUUCAUCUACAAUCAUCUUGCAUCGUCUCAUUAGCCUUCACCAUCCUCGUCUCAAUCUUCUGGUUCUUUACAGAACCGGUUUUCAGACUUCUAAGACAAGAUCCUAACAUCUCAAAACAAGCUGCACUCUAUAUGAAGUACCAAGUUCCCGGUUUACUCGCUUACGGUUUCUUGCAAAACAUUUUGAGAUUUUGCCAAACACAAUCCAUCGUUACUCCACUAGUCAUCUUCUCUUUUGUUUCCUUGGUUAUCAAUAUCGGUAUUGCAUAUGUUCUGGUUCAUUUGGCUGGACUUGGAUUCAUUGGUGCUCCAAUAGCUACAUCUAUCUCAUUGUGGAUGGCUUUCCUUUCCCUAGGAACUUAUGUGAUCUGUUCAGACAAGUUUAAGGAAACAUGGACCGGAUUUUCGUUGGAAUCAACCCAUUAUGUAGUAAUAAAUUUGAAAUUAAGCCUCCCUUCUGCUGCUAUGGUAUGCUUGGAAUAUUGGGCAUUCGAGAUUCUUGUGUUCUUGGCAGGAGUGAUGCCUAAUCCGGAAAUCACCACCUCUUUGGUAGCUAUAUGUGUCAGCACGGAAGCAAUUUGCUACAUGUUAACAUACGGACUUAGCGCAGCUGCAAGUACUCGUGUGUCAAACGAACUCGGAGCAGGAAAUGUAGAAGGCGCAAAGAAGGCGACUUCUGUAACCAUUAAGUUGUCUUUAGUUCUUUCUCUCUGCGUAGUGGUUGCUUUACUUGUAGGUCACGAUAGUUGGGUUAGGUUAUUCAGCAAUAGCCUUGUGAUCAGAGAAGAAUUUGCAUCAUUGAGGUUCUUUCUUGCUGCCUCUAUAACUAUUGAUUCGAUCCAAGGUGUUCUUUCAGGAGUGGCCAGAGGAUGCGGAUGGCAGCGAAUGGUCACGGUUAUAAACUUGGGAACAUUCUACUUCAUUGGAAUGCCUAUUGCAGCUUUUUGUGGUUUCAAGUUGAAGUUUUACGCCAAGGGUUUGUGGAUUGGUUUGAUUUGUGGUUUAUUUUCCCAAUCAUCAUCUCUCUCAGUUAUGACAAUUUUCCGGAAGUGGACAAAGCUGAAUGCUUCAGUAUGAAAACUAGUUCCAUUUUUCUACGGAGGCGCCAAUAUAUUUUUCUUAUUACUUCUCUUGUGUAACUCAAGGUAAAAGAUGUUGACAUAUUUAUAGGGAGGACAAAAGCUGAAUGCUUGGGUCUGAAAACUCAAUAUUUUUUCUGCCGAGGCAAAUUCCAUUUCUUAAAUGUGGAAUUCAAUAUUUUUUUAAAAAAUUGUUAUUUUUGUAUUUAUAUUUUUUUUCCUCAAUUUUUUUUCUGGUUCUUGGAAUGUAAGAACAUCACCAAUGGUAAAAUCUUUUAAGUUGGGUAUGUAGAUAUAUUAUAUUAAUAUAAUUUUAGAUUAUAAUUAAAUUUUAAAAAUAAAACAAUUGAACUUA